AUGGCUGCACUUUUUAUCGUGAUUAUAGCCCGGAUUCUUUUUAUUCGAAUUACAAGCAGUCAAGGACUCAUUAAUUCCUCAGGGAAUGUGGGAUAUCUGGAAUGUAGGAAACCUCCGGUGGUUUCUGUUGUACCUGAUGUGGUGCUUAUGCCACAACAAUCUACGCCUUUCACUUUAAAACUGCAAGCUAUUUUGAGUGAACCCACCGAAGAUGAUGCAGUAGAGGUACUUUGUAAUCCUCAGCAGAACAAAGGAGCCAAAGUUUUAACGGAUGCCUUAGUUUUACCCCCGACAACAAGUUCCGCAACGCUAGUGGUUAAUAUUGUCGCAAUUGGGCUCGGAAAUCAAAUUAAACUCAGUUGCUUUGCUCAAUCUUUAAAUGGAACCCAGUUUAAAGCAACAAACUCUGUCGGGAAUAAUGUUACUCUACAGGUCGUUGAGAAAACUUUGCUCAUAAGCCCGGAGCGUACUUACCUGCAUCGUUCAGACUUCAAGCUUUCCUUUAUCCCCAACGGUAUCACACAAGAUUUGAGCGUGGUGUGUCAAGUCUCAGAGGCCGGUUCGGAAGUCGACGCCACUAAUUUGCUGCAAAAUCCUUUGUGCCUUGCACCCGCGAACAUCAGUCAAGAGGUUACGGCUUGGAAAAUCAGCCCAAGUGUAGAAGUUGUACUUCCAAACCCAGCAUUCAGUGAUCUCACUCCUUGCCCGUGCGACGUCACACCAGGCAGAUGCGACCUAAGCUGUUGCUGCGAUCAGCUUUGUCCAGCCCAUCAACCUGCCCCUUGCUUUUCCGGCCCUUUCGGUGGCGAUUUUUCUAACUUGGAUAAGAGCACUUGCACUCUGUCACGGUAUGGAGUUUCAAGCACCCCCCGGUACACUGUUCCUGGAUUCCUAACCUCAAGCAAUGCCAUUUCUGAAUGGCAACGUGAAUUCAGCUACCGUGGUCUACGCUGCGUUUCGACCAGUAAUGGACCAGUUUUGGGCUACUUUUAUCCGCAAAAAUCGGUGGCUAACAUUGCCAGUCAAAUCAAUGAAAACUAUGCCACUCGAGGUCGUUCUGCACCUACAGCUGGACUGUCGGAAUACGGCUUACGUCAGUUAACCGAAGGUGACAAAGGUGGUUCAUCUGCGUAUGUCAAGGGCUAUUCACUUCGUCUUGAGAGGAACACAGCCCGGUUACCUGGACCAGUAGCGCAUACAAUCAACAGCGCCCUCGAACUAGCGACGCUUCGGGUAGCGCCAGUGGAGUUCCUCCUAAACCAAGAACGCUAUCAAUGUCCCAUUCAAAUCGACCGAACUCUGUGUCGGUUGUUGCAUGCUACCGAUUCGACAAUCUUACCAGGUAAAGGUCCACAUUCAAUUGCAUCACGCCUUUCCAGCACGUCUUAUCUUCUCGGAGAUGGCGUGGUGAACUAUCGAAUUCCGAACGCGUAUCGGAUCAAAUCGACUCCACUGUCUACCGCAAACCAUGUUCCCACAGCCGUGAAGUAUUUCUGCCUGACUCCUCAAGAAAUUACUUUUUAUUCUCCGGGUUCUUUUGUGCCUACCACAACAGCUUCGAACACUUCUGGAUUCCUCAGUCAAGUAUGCAAGUACGAUCAACGUACGCUGAAGAUCACUUGCAUACCCACUAAGCGCGUCGCUAAUGUGGCUGCCCUACCGGUGUCUCCGUGUCCUUGGGAUAACGGAUAUGAGAUAGCCACACCUGCCAUGCACGGCGACAUUUGUCAAAAUGUUGUGCUACAGGUGGACUACAGGAUUUCGUGGGUUGAUGGACAGGUGACUGGAGCCGAGGCAGAUAUUUUCCUGGCUGACAUAAACAUAUCUGUUGACGGGACGUACUACCAGGCGUUCUCUGUGCAUUUUGCAAAUGCUGCACUGCAAGAGGCAACGGUCGAUCAAACAUCUCAGUUAAUUGGUUACCAACUCGGAUCAGACCUGAUAACCGGAGUGCGGAAAGGGUCAAUUCCGGGCCACUUCGAAGUCAUCUUAGAGGACGUUGAUGCAAGGAAAUCGGAAUUAAUUAUUCCAGACACUCUUUGUGGUCACUCUGAAAAGCAGCCAUUCAAGUUUGGCUUAAACUCCAUUGUCGUCUGUCAAGUCACUCUCAACACGUCCGCAUUUCUCGACUGCGCGACACUAAGAAGCUUGAUGACGACGCAACUAAAUCAACUCGUACCGACGGAGCUGGUCGCUGUAUUCGUCAAACCAUCGGUCAUCGACGCUGACGACUGGGUGGAAGUUCAAAAGGAACCAACAGUACCUAAGGUGACGCAUAACCAAAGCGCGAAUCCUGUUGGCACCUGCAAUCAGGUGCCAUCGGGUAUACAUUUGGAUGUUUUCUAUUCAAUGCAGGGCAAAAUUAACGGAGAGCCAGUUUGGCUGGUUGUUGGAGCUCAGGUCAGCUACAUCUAUUCUAACUGGACUCUGACAUGCGACUCCAGCGGCCUCUACUCUGGGUCCCGCAGUGACUCCGGAUUGCCGUGCUCCGAUGCAGACACCCAACAAACCCUUACUCUCACCACACAAGUUACUUAUACCAAAGUACCUACAGACUGGACUGGUCGUAUUUGGAAUACAAUAAAUGCAGCCAAACUUACCGCUCAAGGUUCCUCUCAACGGACUGCCUGUGAGCAUGAUACCUGUUGGGAGGAAGCGUUUUAUGCUUGGAGCAAUAAUAACCACUUGUUUGGGCUACGUAACGAGAGAACAGUUUCAUAUUCAAUGAUUGCCAGCUUGGGUAUCGGCGCGAUCGGACUAACACUGAUGUUGAUGAUCGGACCAUUUCGUUGA